AUGCCUAUUAUUGUUCUUAAUACUAUCAUAGCUUAUUCUACGUCCCUAUUAGGAAUAUUCAUCUACCGAUCCCACCUAAUAUCGUCACUCCUAUGCCUAGAAGGAAUAAUAUUAUCAAUAUUUGUCUUAUGCUCACUCUUAAUUAUUAAUUUCCAUUUUUCUUUAUCAUUUAUGAUUCCCAUUAUUUUACUAGUAUUUGCUGCAUGUGAAGCAGCUGUAGGUCUAGCCCUUCUCGUAAUAGUAUCAAAUACAUACGGUCUAGACUAUGUCCAAAACCUAAAUAUUCUUCAAUGCUAA